CUGGCCGCCGUGCGCCGCGGCCUGAGGGGUUGCAUGGAGGCGAAGGCAGAGUCCGCGCUGGUGACCCGAGAUGCGCGAUCUGUGUCGGCGGAGGAGAUCGAAAAGUGGAUGGAGGAGGCUAUGCACAUGGCGAAAGAUGCCCUAGAAAAUACCGAGGUUCCUGUUGGCUGCCUGAUGGUCUAUAACAAUGAAGUUGUCGGGAAGGGAAGAAAUGAAGUUAAUCAGACCAAAAAUGCUACUCGACAUGCAGAAAUGGUGGCCAUCGAUCAGGUCCUCGCCUGGUGCCAGGGCUGCGGGAGGAGCGCGGCUGAGGUGUUUGAGCACACGGUGCUGUACGUCACGGUGGAGCCGUGCGUCAUGUGUGCGGCCGCUCUGCGCCUGAUGAAAAUCCCACUGGUUGUAUACGGCUGUCAGAACGAACGCUUUGGUGGUUGUGGCUCUAUUCUGAAUAUUGCCUCUGCUGAUUUACCAAACACUGGGAGACCAUUUCAGUGCAUUCCAGGAUAUCGGGCUGAGGAAGCUGUGGCCAUGCUAAAGACCUUCUACAAACAAGAAAACCCCAACGCACCAAAAUCAAAAGUUCGGAAAAAGGAAUGUCAAAAGUCUUGAAUUUGUUCUGAUGAAAGACUGAUGCUCCUGGAAUGAAAUUCUUGGACUGAAAGCUGUGGAUAUCAUUGAAGCAAAUAUAUAUAUAUGCUGUUCUUAACCUGUGGGAAAGUGGUCUCUCAUCAUUUGCUCUUGUAAAGGAAGAAAUGAACACUUUCUGAAAGUUUGACAAGUUUAUACACCUGUUAGCUUUUCCACAGCCUGAAAAAACAUUUUAAGAAGGGGAAAAAUUAAACAUUGAGGUUUUAGAAAUGAGUAAGCAGUCGAUGCUCUUUUUACUCCAACUUUUAAAUCCAGCCCAGGAAAGGGCUGACUUUUUGAGACUAUGUCUGGAAUUGGUGUCCUGGUGUGUGCGUCUGGACUGGCGUGCGCCACGCUGUGGACACCUGCUUUGGGCUUGGUAUUUUAGAAUCAAAUUCUUCAUUUUUGAAGCAGCUAUUUUCAUCCAAGGUGUCAGGGGCCUAUGACUUCCUUGGA